AUGCUUGCAUCAUUUCUAAAACAGGAAAAAAAGGAUGAAGAAUCGGGGACAAGUGGAAAUUCAUAUAAGUAUCUUGAAAAGACAUCUGUUCUUCAAGAAGCUCGUACAUUUAAUGAAACUCCUGUAAAUGCACGAAAAUGUAUUCAAAUAUUAACAAAAAUUAUUUAUAUGAUCAAUCAAGGAGAACAAUUAGGUCAAACGGAAGCAACAGAAACAUUUUUUGCUAUGACAAAAUUAUUUCAAUCAAAAGAUGUAAGUUUAUUUAAAAAAGAUAUAGAUUAUUUCUUUUUGGAGAUUAUUGAAUUUUUUUUCUAAAGGUUAUCCUAACAAUAAACGUAGUAGAGCGACUAGAAAUAAUUUAAAUCGCAACAUAACUACAGAUAAUCCUUUUAGAAAUUCAUUGAUCAUACAUUAAUUUAAUCCUCUUCAGAAUAAAGAUGCAUUUCACAGCAUCUUCAUAUGAUCAUUAUUUCUGUUCGAUAUAUUUCAACACGAUUUCAUAGAAAAUUCUUCGAUCUUAUUAUUAUAAUAUAAUAUGAUCAAAUUUUCUUUUAUUUCGACAAUCUUAGGUGAAAAUCGAACGAUAUAUUUUUUUUUUUUU